CUUACGUGAACAAGACCUGAUCCAAAGCGCCCCCCUUGACGAGCAUUCUUCCAUCAUAAUGGGCGCCGCAGAUACCGUCACGGCGCUGGAGGGCGCAUCUCUACCUGGUAUCAUCGCGACGGGCCUGCUGCUUGGGCUGGUGCACGUUUUAACGGGCCCCGACCAUCUGAGCGCGCUCAUCGUGUUAAGUGCCGGAUCGUCGUGGCGCUCGUGCCAGUUGGGCAUGCGUUGGGGAUGUGGUCACUCUACAGGGCUUAUUGUGGUCACCGUGUGCUUCCUGGCACUCAACCAGAGACUGGACGUGGACACGUUCGGCAGCUACUGCGACUUUAUGGUGGGGUUUCUCAUGAUGGGGCUCGGCCUUUGGAGCCUACGCUACUACCUGCUCCUGAGGCGCAAGUUGCAACUCAAACACCACCCGGCAGGAGAGACUACACCGCUGCACCUUGAAGCGGAAGUACAACGACUUAAGGAAGAUGCUUUGGAUAGCGAUACGGAGGUGCAAAAGAUAUUGCACGCCCACCAACUGGACCACCACGGUCCUCCGACGUCCAUUGAACUGCAGGAAUCGACCAAGAAGACCUGCUGCUUUGGUCUCAUUAAAGCGGACAUCAAGAACCCUCGCACGCAAAGGCUCACGGCAUUCGCGUACGGCACGGCUCAUGGCUUGGCUGGCACGGGCGGCAUCCUGGGCGUGCUGCCGGCUGUGAUCCUCAAUGACUGGGUCAAGUCGUCCGCUUAUCUCGGCGCCUUCUGUGUGUCUUCCAUCAUCGCCAUGGGCGGCUUCGCGGCGCUGUAUGGAGAAGUCACGGGCCGAAUGAGCCGCUUCUCAGACUCGUCGCUCGUGCGUGUCGGUAUCUUCUCGUCUUGCGUUUCGCUGUGUGUGGGCAUCAUGUGGGUCAUCCUCGUCUCGACGGGAACUUUGGACGAGGUGUUUGGAUAA